CCUUUAUUCUAGCCCUCCCCUACCAAUGGCUCCUCUAUUAACUAUUCACCUUUUUAAUUUGUAAUUAACCUUUUUUUAUAAAAACCAAAAAAUAUAAUAAAGACUUUACCUGAGAAUUAGGUUCAGGAUGGCCUCAAGGAGCCGCUCCUACACACAACUCCUAGGCCUCCUGUCCUUUAACCUCCUCUUGUUCACAACCUCCACAAAGGCAGUUCGUGUUGGAGUCAUUCUCCACAAGCCUUCUGCUCCAACCCUUCCUGUAUUCAGAGAAGCCCCCGCUUUCAGGAACGGUGAUCAAUGCGGGAACCAUGAGGCUGACUACAUUCAUAUCGCCAUGACGCUCGACACAAACUACCUCCGUGGAACAAUGGCUGCUGUCUUGUCUCUCCUUCAACAUUCCACUUGUCCUGAAAACCUCUCUUUUCAUUUCCUCUCCCUCGCUCAUUUCGAAAACGACCUCUUCACCAGCAUCAAAUCCACCUUUCCUUACCUCAACUUCAAGAUUUAUCAGUUUGAUCCAAGCCUAGUCCGCAGCAAAAUAUCAAAAUCCAUCAGGGAAGCCCUAGACCAGCCUCUAAACUACGCGAGAAUCUACCUCGCCGAUAUCAUUCCCACCAGCGUUGACCGGAUCAUAUACCUAGACUCGGACCUAGUCGUGGUAGACGACAUAGAGAAGCUAUGGCAUGUUGAAAUGGAAGGAAAAGUCGUGGCGGCUCCAGAGUACUGCCAGGCAAACUUUACGUAUUAUUUCACAAAAGCUUUCUGGUCGGACCCGGAACUAGUCAAAGUACUUGAAGGGAAACGACCGUGUUAUUUCAACACGGGCGUGAUGGUCGUGGACGUUGGUAAAUGGAGGAGAGGAAUGUAUACACAAAAGGUAGAAGAGUGGAUGACGGUUCAGAAGCAGAGGAGGAUCUACCAUUUGGGAUCAUUACCUCCGUUUCUGCUUAUAUUCGCGGGUGAUAUAAAAGCCGUUGAUCAUCGGUGGAACCAGCAUGGGCUCGGAGGGGACAACUUCGAAGGGAAGUGUAGAACGUUGCAUCCUGGUCCUAUAAGUCUUCUUCAUUGGAGUGGGAAAGGGAAGCCAUGGUUGAGACUAGAUUCGAGGAAGCCUUGUAGUGUGGAUCAUCUAUGGGCUCCGUAUGAUCUUUACCGUUCAUCAAGACAUUCGUUAGAAGAGUAGAGGCAAAAAAAAAGCAAAACAAGAUGGCACAUAUAUUAUAUAAUACUAGGAGAGGAGAAGGUACAAGAAGUUUUUUUAGCGAUCAAAGAGAGUGAAAUUUUUAUUUGUAAUUUUUGUAACACACACUCUUAAUGCAAAAAGACGUUGUGCAUGUGGCAUUGACCUCAGUAGUGAAAUGAUAUUAUCAUCAUUAUCAUUUUAUUUU